UUUUUUUUUUUUUUUUUUUGAGACACUUAGUGGAAUAACCAUAUGGACACCUCUUUGCAGCAGAAAAGCUACUACCUGCAGUCACUGAAAUGUUUGGAGACAAUAGCGAUAAACCCAUUCAAUUCCACCCCCAAUGAUCCACAUAUAUGAGAAGGCUGUACUGGAUACUGCAAGAUACAUAACAGCACUUCUCUGGCUUUGUGCUGAGCAAGGAUUGAUUGUGAAGGAAAUGCUUCGUAAGAAGGAAAUGCUUCAUGAAGAAAGCUGCUGCCAACUUUGGGGAAUUGAGAGUUGGAAUUCUAUAUAAAGGAUUCUUAUGUUUGGUGUUUUAGCUAGAAUGAAAACUCCCAAAUCUGUUUCAAAAAAGGCAUAUGUGAGUUUGAAGGACUCGAUCGAUGACUUGGAUGAUUUCUGCUUGGACUUGAAAGUGAGAAAAAGCCCAACAAAGCAUGCACAGAAGGAUCUUCAGACCAAGAAGAAGUGGAUGACUUCUGGAAAGAAAAACAGUUGCUGUCAAGAACUGCAGUAUCCAGAGGCUUCAAGUGACACUGAUGAUUCUGUCUUUGUAGAAUCUGACUACCAAAAAGGGGGAGUGAAAGACCUGAAAGAGAGUCAGAAGGGCAUAAAACUCCCACCUCCGCAAAACCUGAGAGAGCCAAUCUCCAGAGGCAGUCCAGACUUGCUUGUUAGAAGGAGAGAAAGAAGCUGUGAAAAAAGUACAGAAAACAAAGUGCCAACUGUGGCAUUACAACAAAGUACAGAGGUAGAAUCAGAUAGCUCGGAUGGUGAAUUUGAAUCGUUAAUAGAACGGAUAAGGAAACGAAGUAUACCUCAAAAACCUACGUUAAGCACAAAUAAAACUGUCCGCCAGCCAAGCACAAGAGAAAAUACCAAGUCACCCUGCGAAGAUGGCCAGCCUUUGAAAGGGGAGGGAGUCAAGACACCAAGGCCAAAUGCCAUUUCACUUCAAGAAACACCUUCCAGGAUAAUGAUUUCUGCAAGAAUUCCUAGGAAUGAAUUGGUCGGUUGCUCACAGUCAGCAAAGACAGAGGAAAGGCUCAGGGUGUGCUCAGUGCCUGGCUGUUUCUUGCAAGAUCUCUCAAAUCCAGGUUCCCACUAUGUGAAGUAUUUCAAGAAAAAUAAAGAGGAGCUGGCAUGGAAACUCUACUGCCUGUAUAAUAGUACCAUCUUCGAGCAGAAGUUACCAGACAAUAUGGAAAUAAUCUGGAAUAAGAAAAUGAGAAAAACAGCGGGAUAUUGUGUAACUGGGCAGACAGAAGGUCCUGAAGCAAAGCGUUACGCUCGCAUAGAACUUUCUGAGAAAGUCUGUGACUCUGCAGAUCGUCUUCGAGACACGCUAGUUCAUGAGGCUUGCCAUGCAGCCACCUGGCUGAUCAAUGGUGUUCGCGAUGGACAUGGACGAUUCUGGAGAUAUUAUGCCAGUAAAUCAGCUGUGAUUCAUCCAGAACUGCCGAUAGUAACACGUUGCCACAGCUAUGAGAUUAAUUACAAGUUCAUCUAUGCAUGUGUUCUGUGCAAAGCUACGACUGGACGUCAUUCUAAGUCUCUGGACACAGAGCGCUUUGUGUGUGCAUUCUGUGGGGGGCAGCUGGUCCUGAGUCGGCCCACUCAGAAAGGUGGCACUCCUGCUAGGACACAUCUAAUGCCCUUUGCAAAGCAUGUGGAAGAAAACUGUGGACUUACUAAGAGAGAGCAGCAUGGGCUGAGUCCUGCAGAAGUCAUGCAGAAACUCAGUGCUGAUUUUGCUUUAAAAACUAGGCUUCAAGAUUCCUUGUAAUAUCUCAAUACGCUCCUUUUUUGACGCUAUUUAAAUUUGGCAUGUAGUAGUAUAUGGGUAUAACAUUAGUCUAAGAAUGUGUUUCAGAGUAUUCUAGAUAAUUUUAAUAUUUUGGCAUUAAAUACUUCUAAUAAAGGAAACCUUACAGACUGUUCUAAAA